AGGUGGCCAGGUAAGGAAGAGAUCGGGCAGUGCUCCUAAUAGAUGUGUUAAAGAAGGAAUUUCAGUAGCUGUACCUUGUCCCUUUUCUUUUUUGCCUCUGGUGGCCCUGUCAAGUAGACACCCAUUCCCCUUGCACAGGCAUGACUUAACUGAAAGGCACUCUUCUCCUUUCCAAAUCCUUAUUUAGCUUUCACCCUCUUUUCCUGCCCUGCACCCCAAAUCAUUUGUGGCUUUUUGGUAUCCUUCUUAAAUUGGUUUUGGAGUUGCCACCCUUGGUUCACCCAAUUUUUUUAAUGGGGAAUUCACAUGAUGUCAUUUCCCGCCCAUUGUAUUCCAGUCAUUCCCCCCACACGCACGCACACCUAAUUUGUGGCAAGGUAAACAGCUUAAAAUCCUGCCAUUGUGUACUGGCAAAGUGCUAUUACGGCUUUCCAAGAAGGGCCAGAGAUCACUGAUAAAAGCUUUGUAUGCAGAAAGUCUCAAGUUCACUUCUGGCAUCUUCUGUUUAAAAAGGAACAGAUGGCAGCGUACAGAAAAGUUCUUUCCUAAGGAAGGGCUCCCCCCCUUUCUAGAGGGGUAAUCCUCAGCAUGUUGGUCAUCCACCAGACCAUGUGGAGAUGAUUUGGCGCCAUGCAACCCCAGAGUCUUUUGUGGUCUUUGUUCUGCUGCUGCUGUUUCUCACCCAAUGUGAGUCAAGCAAGAAUUGCGUCUUUCAACAUGUUCCGUUUGAGUCAACGAACAACACUCAGCUUUUUUUAUCUAAAAUUAAAGACCUGAAGCAGUACCUGCUCCUCAAUUACCCAGUAGAUAUGCCAUCCAACCUGAAACCGGAUGGAUUCUGCCAGGAAGUAUGGGAAGUUCAUCUCAUAAACAAAAAGCUGAAGCAUCUGGCCAGCGUAUCCGGGAUAAUGCUGGAGCGAAUGUUCUUCAAUAUAACAACUCACAUAGUCUCCUUUAUUAAAGGAUGUAACAUUGAGGAUAGUUGUGUCCGUUUUGUGGGGACAAACAUCACUCAGUUCUUGAAUCCGGUUCCUUACCACAUUGGAAACCUGGCAGACAAGAUGGAGAAACUCAUUGAACUGAAAGAGUCUGCCGACUACAGUAAUUGCACCAUUAUUCAGUGCCAACCAGACUCUUUUACCGAAAACGUUACACAGACCAAUGAUACAGUCCACUCGCCUGAGCAAACCCCACUUCAGAGAUCUCACUGGGGACCAUUUCUACUUCUGCUUCUCAUUCCCAUUUCCUGCUUUCUACUCAUCAUGACACGUCCAUUAAGGAACCUAUUUCAGAGGCUCCAAAGGUUCCAGGAAACGCCCGUUUGAGCCUUCAGAGCACCUUUGGGGAAUAAAGCAUCUUCAGGCAUGAAUGGCCCCCUCCACAGUGAAUGGGACGGCAUCCUUUUGCUCACACACCAUCAACAGCAGCACAUGCUCCCACUGUUUUCUCCCUGGAGGACUGGACUUCCCUAGCUAUUGGGGGGAGACAGGCAGUGGGGAGAGAGACUCAUCUGCAGUAUCCCUCUAAGGAGGAGCUGUGUGGGCAUCAGUUCCGGAUUCUGCCACUGGGUGUUGCUGCACCGCCAUUUUUAUAUUGAGAAGCACGAGAGGAGAAAGACAUGGACAGUUGUUGUUGUUUUUUAAUAUAUAU